AGAAUUUGAAAUUCAGGCAGUGGCUAACUUGCUUAAUGUGGACGUAUAUACAUACAGUGAUGGAAGAUGGUUGCAGUACAAAUCUGUUCAGAGCUCAAAUAGUACACCAGGAAUCUAUUUGCUGCACUGUAAUAGUAAUCAUUACAAUGUAGUUGCUUGUGUAAAGGACAUACAUGGUCAACUGUGCAAUCGGCAUUGUGGUAAAGUUGAUGUAAGAGAAGGAGGACAAGAGAGUAGUACGUGUGAAUUUGACAGGAAUGCUGAGAUGACAUGUUUUAAAACAAGUUCAUUGGAUGGUUGUGAACCUGAGCUGCUGAUUGAUUUUAGUAGUGGAUCAAAUGUUGAAUGUGUUGGAGAGAUUCUUAAAGAAAGUACAUCAGAUUUGAUGUUUGUAGCAAAAGAUCAUAGUACUUCCAAGUUUUUUCGACCUAUGUCUUGGCAAGGUGCAGAACAGAUCUGUGACAGAAUUAAAGUUAAAGGGCAGAAGAAUCCAGAGGAGACCUCAAGUCCUGAAACAAUUUUGGGUUCCCCAUGUCAUACAAGUGCAGUGUUGAGUGAUGGAAAUGGAUUUUUCAGUGCUGUUAGCCUUGCUGUCUGUCGUUCAGAAAGCUAUCACACCAAGUUCCGUUUUGCUAUGGUGAAGUUUAUGAGGAAACAGCCAGAACUGUUCAUGCCAUAUUUAUCUAAACGCUAUACUUCUGUUAAUAAGUAUAUCUAUAAGUCACACAUAAAUCGCUCCUUCAUUCCAGCAACAGAAGUAGAGUUUCGAGCAAUGGCUAACUUGUUAAAUGUUGACAUGUAUAUGUACAGUGAAGAGAAAUGGUCAGAGUACAAAUGUUCUCAUAGCACAAAUGAUACACCUGGUAUUUAUCUGCAGCAUAACAAAGGGAAUCAUUAUAAUGUAGUUCAUUGUGUUAGGAAUAGACAUCAACAGUGCAGUAAGCAAACCAGUCAAGUUCAUGAAACAAAAACAAAUCAACAUCGACCUAUCAGGAGAACCAGGAAUUCCAAUGUUGUAAUUGAUCAGUUACAUGGCAUUGCAGGAAAUGUUUCAAGGUUGGAAAAAAGUAGAGUGAUGAUACAAAGGAAAAAAAGAUAUAAUUCAAACAAAACUGUUAUAAAGGAACAGAUGUGUUCAAAAUAUCAUACAGAUGAUCAAUAUAGGAAUACAGUUAUCAACCGUGAAAGGCAGAGAUAUGGAUCUCUUUCAGGCAUGCAGAAUACAGACGGAGUUUGUUAUAGGGAAACCAAAAGGGUAGCUAUGAAAAGAAAAUAUCAUGAUGAUGAAGAGUAUCAAGUUGCUAAUUACAAUGCAGCAAUUUGUAAAUACAGAGAAAAUGAGUUGCAUAAACAUUCUGUUGUACAAGCUAGUAAAAAAAAAUAUGCUGAAAAUCCAGCCUUUAGAAAUGCAGUGAAAGACGCCAGUGUGUCAAAGUAUGCUGAAAAUCAGGCCUUUAGAAAGGCUGUGAAGGAAGCCAGUGUGGUUAAAUAUGCUAAAAACUGUGAAUUUAAAGUGUCCGUGAAACAAGCCAGUAUAUUGAAAUAUAGGGAAGAUUUGAAACAUAGAGCUGCUGUACAGCAACAGAGUAGAGACAAGUAUAAAAGCAAUAAGGUACAUCGGGAGAAACUGAGGGCACGGAAUAUUUUGAAAAGACAACAACAAAUGCAACGUUUAAAACAAUUUGAUUUGGUAAUGGAAGCCUUUUUGGAGAAAGUGAAAGAAGGCCCAAACUAUGUGUGUUGUGUGUGUCACCGUACUUGGUUUAAGCAGCAGGUAAGACUGUGUGACAGAUACAAUUUUUCAAAAACGAGGGAAAGCUUUGCCAUAGCUCAAAAGUGUAUUACUGAGGACUAUUUGCACAUGUGUACUGAACAAUGUAAAACUGGAUGUGUUUGGGCAUCAUCUACUCGAUUAGAUUUGUGGAUAUGUCACUGUUGUCACAGCAACCUCAGUAGAGGUGUUAUGCCGGCAGAAAGUGUGCACAACAAUUUGACAGUCAGUCGUGUGCCUGAACAAUUGUCCUGUUUAAAUAAUUUGGAACAAUCUUUGGUUGCUCUGCAAAUUCCCUUUAUGAAAUUGUUAGCUUUACCAAAAGGAGGCCAAAAUGGCAUACAUGGGCCCAUUACCUGUGUGCCUUCUAAUUUAGUUGAAACAACUAAUGUCUUACCAAGAGCAGACGCAAACAACUCUUUAGUGCGUGUGAAACUGAAGCGUAAGCUAAGUUAUAAAGCCCACUAUAGAUAUGAAUUUGUGGAUGUAAAUCACAUUAGAGAAGCAUUGUCUUAUUUGAAGAAUUUCAAUAGUCUGUAUGCAGGUGUAGAAUUCAAUAGUAACUGGGAAAAUGAGUUUGCUAAGGACAUGGAGGGUGUAGAGGUUGAACCUGAAAUGGAUCCUGAGGAUUUAGAUGAGGAGAAUCUUUUACAUGACAGGCAGAACCAUUGUGUGCACAUGGACACAUGUCUGCAAGCCUUAGACAUUGGACAAGAAGUUUUGGACCAUUAUUAUGACAAGAUUUUACAUGUUGCACCUGCUGAAGGUAACAAGCCUGUGCCGUUGUUGUUAAAUGAGGAGAUUGAAGGGAAGUGCUUCCCUGCCCUUUUUCCAAAUGGACGGAAUACAUUUAAAGAGCCCAGGAAACAAAAGCUUAGUUUGUCUAGAUAUUUCAAUCUCAGAAUAAUGAGUGCAGAUACACGUUUUGCCAGAAACAUUGAGUACAUUUUCUAUGCACAGUAUGUGUCUGAAAUCAGUCAAGUAGUAUCUGGCGUUUCCAUAGCGUUAAGGAAAGGGAAAGGAACAAAAGAAAUGAAGGAAAUUGGACCAGAGAUGGUGAAAGAUGAAAAGGUGUUAAGAAAUCUUCUUCAAUAUGAUGAAGGUUACAGAUUUCUGAAACCUGUCCACGGGUCCCCAGUUUACUGGCAAGGCGUUCAAAAAGACCUCUUUGCUAUGAUUAGGCAGAUUGGAUUACCCACAUGGUUCUGCUCCUUCUCGUCCGCUGAUAUGCGCUGGGAAAAUUUGCUAGAAAGCAUUUUGAAACAUGAAGGAAGACAAGAAAAAGUAAGUGAUCUUGAUUGGAGUCAAAAAUGUGCUUUGUUGCGCCAGAACCCCGUUUUGACUGCGAGAAUGUUUGAUUACAGGUGGCACAAGUUUUUAACAGAAGUAAUUAUGUCUCCAUGUAAUCCAAUUGGUAGGAUUGUCGAUUAUUUUUAUCGUAUAGAGUUCCAACAACGCGGUAGUGCUCAUGUGCACGCCCUCUUCUGGGUGGAUGGAGCUCCACAACUUGGAAGAGAUUCAGAUAAAAAAGUUGUAGACUUUGUGGACACUUAUGUUAGCUGUAAUUUGCCAACAGACGAUGCUGACUUGUCAGAGAAAGUUUCCACGGUUCAGCAACAUUCCAAAAACCAUGCAAAAACUUGUAGGAAGAAAGGAACUACUUGUCGAUUCAAUUUUCCCCGGGCACCUUCAAAAAACACCUUCAUUUGUCAUAAGCAGGAAGAUGAAGAUGUAGCAGAAUCGUGUCAAUGCACAGAGAAAGACAAAUGUACUUGUCGCAAGAAGUCUCCAUGGAAAAUGGAAAAGAAAAUGGCCGAAGAAGUUAUUAGAAGAGUUUGGGAUGGAAUUUUGAAGAGUGAUAAACAGUAUUCUUCAAUAGAAGAAUUGUUUGAAGAUGUAGGCGUAAGCCAGCAUACCUACCAGUUAGCAUAUCAAUCACUGACAAAGAAAACCACAAUUGUAAUGAAAAGAGAUCCCAAUGCUGUUUGGAUUAAUCAUUACAAUGCAUCUUUGUUGAAGUGCUGGAACGCUAAUAUGGAUAUUCAGUAUGUCGUGGAUGCGCAUGCUUGUGUUGUAUAUAUAAUUUCUUACAUUUCAAAAAACGAGAGAGAAAUGGGUCUGUUGUUGUCCCAUGCACAAAAAGAAGCAUUUAAGGAAAAAAACCUUGAUGCUAAACAAGCCUUAAGGAAGUUAGGUAAUCUGUAUUUACACCAUAGAGAUGUUUCAGCUCAGGAAGCUGUUUAUCGCUUAGCAAAUAUGCAUUUAAAGCAAUGUUCCAGGAAUGUGCAGUUUGUUCCAACUGGAGAUAACAUUAUAAAAAUGAGCAAACCACUAUCAGUAUUACAAGCCCAAGCAGCAAACAAUAAUUUGUCUUCAGAGGAUAUGUGGAUGAGCAGUAUAGUUGACAAAUAUCAGAACAGACCAGAUGGUGAACCAUUUGAAACUAUGUGCCUUGCCAGUUUUGUGUCGGAGUAUAGGGUGUUGUAUGGUAAGGAAACCUCUGUCAACAAACUUGAGUUAAAAAAUAAUUUGGGAUUUGUUGUACGUAGGACAAGAGGAAAACCAGCCAUUGUGAGAUAUGCAAUGUUUUCUCAGACUAAUAACCCCGAACAAUUUUAUCAUAGUCUCAUGCAGUUGUUCUUACCAUACAAAAUAGAUGCCCAACUAAAACCACCUCAAUACCUAACGUAUGAAGAGUUCUUUAUUAAUGGACGUGUCUCUUAUGCAGGUGGCACACUACAACCUGUAAGAACCAUUGUGGAAACCAAUAGAGCUUUAUUCGAAAAAGAAGCAGAAUUGCUUAAGUUGGCUGAACAAGAAAUGAAUGAUGAGCUUUUACAGGAUGCGUGGUGUCAAUUAUGUCCUCAGCAGGAAGAGGAAAGACUUGAGUGCAAGCAGAACUUGCAAAAUUUAGCCAUGGAUGAUGAGGAGUGGGAAGAAAUCCCUGAUUUGGCCGAUUUAGAUGGUAAUGGUUUUGUCUUGGAAAAAGACUCCAAGUCUCUGUCUAAACCUGAAGCAAUGGCCCUAAUACGGUCUUUGAAUGAAACUCAAUUAGCAAUUUUUUAUCAAAUUAGACAAUGGUGUUUAGACAAGAGAUUAGGCAACAAUCCAGAACCUUUUCACGUUUUUAUUACCGGAGGAGCAGGAGUGGGAAAGAGUCAUUUAAUUAAAGCUAUACAUUGUGAGGCUAGUCGCUUACUUCGCACAGAUAGUGGCAGGCCAGAUGACAAUUUAAUACUCUUAACUGCACCAACUGGCAUUGCAGCCUAUAACCUACAAGCAAGCACAAUUCAUAGUGCUUUAGCAAUUGGUACAGCUAUAAAAUUGCCGUACACUCCACUUGGUGAAGAGAAAUUAAACUCUUUAAGAAGUCAAUUGGGAAAUUUACAAAUUUUGGUUAUUGAUGAAAUUUCAAUGGUAAAUCAAACAUUGCUGGCAUAUGUGCAUGGGAGGCUGAGACAGAUAAAACAGACAGGUAACUUUGCUCCAUUUGGAAAUUUGAGCAUUAUUGCUUGUGGGGACCUAUUUCAGUUAAGUCCAGUCAGAGGAAAACCUUUAUACAUGGAUGCAGAUGGUGUGGAUUUAUGGAAAACGUAUUUCUCUGUUGUUCAACUGACAACAGUAGUUAGACAAAAAGACACAACAUUUGCUGAGUUGUUAAACCGGCUGCGAAUUAAAUCUAAAAGUACUCCUCUUAGUGCAGGUGAUGUCAAACUUUUGCGGCAAAGGGAAACCGGUGAGGAAAGUACAGCAUUACAUAUAUUUCCAACCAAUGAGCAAGUGCAAGCACACAAUAUGCAGGGCCUACGAUCCUCUUGCAAUGAAAUCAUUUCAAUCAAAUCCAAAGACUACAAAAAAGAGCAGAAAACGGGAAGGGUGGUUUUGCUAAAAGGCCAGCACUCACGAGUGUACAACAGUUCACUUUGUUCAGAGCUAUGUUUGGGUAUAGGGGCUCGAGUGAUACUCAUAAAAAACAUUGAUCUUUCGGACAACUUAGUCAAUGGAGUUUGUGGUUCUGUCACACACAUAGUUCAAAAAGAUGCAACAUCACUGCCAACGAUGGUCUAUGUGUUAUUUGAUGACCCAAAGGUUGGCCUUCAAAGAAGGAAACAACAACCUUGUCCAAAUGUGCAUUUAACCAAUUCUACUCCUAUAUGCCCUGUGGAAGAAAGGAUAGAUUACAAAGGAGGCAUGCGCAGGCAAAUACCUUUAAAAUUAGCUUAUGCACUUACUAUUCACAAGGUGCAGGGCUUAACACUAGAUCAAGCUGUUGUAUCAUUGGGUAAAGUUUUUGCUCCUGGACAGGCUUAUGUUGCACUCAGUCGUGUAAAAUCUCUCCCUGGCUUAAUUAUUCAACAGUUUUCUGAGAAGGCUAUUUACUGCAAGGAUGACAUUCAGCAAGCAAUAGAUGAAAUGCCAAAGUUCCUAUGCAAUGUUACACACUUUGGUAAAUGUUCAGACACAUUAACAAUUUGGUUGAUGAACAUACAAGGAUUACGAAAUCAUUUGGAAGACUUAAAAUGCUGUGUUGAGAGAUCUCUUCCAAAUUGUGUAGCUGUAACAGAAACUUGGCUGCCAGAAACUGUUUCUGUUCAGCAAGUACAAAUCCAUGGCUAUGAAUUCCAUAGCAGUCCUCGUGGUUCAUCAUACUCUUCCCAGAACAAAGACCUAUGUGAAAUGCGCACACAACAACACGGUGGAGUUGGAUGGUACAUACAGUGUGACCAAAAGUACAAGAUGCAUUCUAUUUCCGAUCCAAAUGUUGAAUGCUCCAUAUCACAUUUUCUUGAUAAAAAUGUCAUAAUUGCUGUGGUUUACAGGCCUCCAAAAUAUGCCUUGAAACUGUUUAUGCAAAAUCUAAACAAAAUAAUUGAAUAUUUAUCAAGUGUAACAUCUAAUAUUAUUUUCAUGGGGGAUUUUAACGAAAAUAUUUUCAAAACUAAAAGCCUGUUAACUUAUAUGGCACAAAGAGGCUUUCAGCAAAUUGUGUCUAAUGCCACAACUGAUACAGGGUCUUUAUUAGAUCACAUUUACGUCAAAACACACUUGGCUAAUUGUGUCAGAGCUUCAAUUAUGCCUUUAUAUUUCAGUGACCAUCAGGGAAUUGUAUGUAGUCUCAAUAUGUAGCAAAGGUAUGUAUUGAUCACACAAAGGAAUGUACUGAUGUAAUUGCAUAACAAUAUAUAUUUGUUUGACCAAGGUUCUUAAUCAGUUGGUGUUGGUGAUUUGACUGCAAAGAGUCUUCUGGUGACUGAGAUUUUAAUAAUAUAGUAUUGUUUGACCAAGGUUCUAUGGUUUUCUGAUGUUGGUGAUGUGACCGCAAAGAGUACAUGUCUGGUGACUGAGUCUUUAAUUCAGCAUUAGGUUCCACAAUAUAGACAAUCGAUCCAUUUGUUGGAGUUAUGUUAGUGUUAUAACAGCAAAAAGUCUAUUUCUGGUGAGGAUACAUUGAUUCAAUAUUUGGUUGCCUAGCAAAGGGGGACACAAUAUCUGAGUCUUUGUUGAAUCAGAA